CGCAUGGAAAUGUGUGUUUGUUGCGUUGGUUAAGUGAUCUGUGGGCCCCACUGGUGAUUUUGGGGGUUUAAUUAGGGUUCAGUAAAACUGUAAACAACGAUUUUCGUUUGUUUUAUAAAUUAAAAGUAAGAUCUGAUGUUUCUAGGGUUUUGGGAACUGCCGAUCUACCUUUCCGUCUGAAUUUUACUUUUAGAUCUGUUAUUUUAAACCAAAUCGGUUCAUUGUGGAAUGAUUUUGUUUAGUUCUGUCACCUCUGUGAGAUUCAGCUUCACUGUAAAAGAAAGAAAUUUGAAUCUAGAAAGAAAUUUGAAUCUGGUUCAGAUUUCUAAAGUGAAAUUUUCUAUUAGAUCAAUGGCGUCUCACAUUGUCGGUUAUCCCCGUAUGGGUCCCAAGAGAGAGUUGAAAUUCGCUCUUGAAUCAUUCUGGGAUGGCAAGAGCAGUGCUGAGGAUCUGCAGACUGUUGCUGCUGAUCUCCGAUCAUCCAUCUGGAAACAAAUGGCUGCUGCUGGCAUCAAGUACAUUCCCAGCAACACUUUCUCGUACUACGAUCAGGUUCUUGACACCACCACCAUGAUUGGUGCGGUCCCACCGAGGUACAACUGGAACGGUGGUGAAAUCGGUUUCGACACUUACUUCUCGAUGGCCAGAGGAAAUGCCUCUGUCCCUGCUAUGGAAAUGACCAAGUGGUUCGACACCAACUACCAUUACAUUGUCCCUGAGUUGGGCCCUGAAGUGAAAUUUACAUAUGCUUCCCACAAGGCCGUGAAUGAAUACAAGGAGGCUAAAGCUCUUGGAGUUGAUACCGUCCCAGUAUUUGUUGGCCCAGUCAGCUACUUGUUGCUUUCUAAGCCUGCAAAGGGUGUUGAGAAAACUUUCGAUCUUCUUUCCCUUCUUGACAAAAUCCUUCCAAUCUACAAGGAAGUGAUUGCUGAGUUGAAGGAAGCUGGUGCAACAUGGAUCCAGUUCGAUGAAGCUACCCUCGUGAAGGAUCUUGAGGCCCACCAAUUGCAAGCUUUCACCAAGGCUUACGCAGAUCUUGAAUCAGCUUGCUCUGGUCUUAAUGUCCUUGUUGCCACCUACUUUGCUGAUGUUCCUGCUGAUGCAUUCAAAACCCUAACCACCUUGCCCGGAGUCGCCGGUUACACUUUCGAUUUGGUCCGUGGUGAACAGACUCUUGAUUUAAUCAAGACCAGCUUCCCAUCAGGCAAAUACCUCUUCGCUGGUGUUGUUGAUGGAAGAAACAUCUGGGCUAACGACCUUGCAGCAUCUCUUAAAGUCCUCGAGUCUCUUGAGGCCGUUGUCGGCAAAGAUAAACUUGUUGUGUCCACCUCAUCAUCACUCCAACACACUGCUGUGGACCUUGUGAACGAAACCAAGUUGGACGAUGAGAUCAAGUCUUGGCUCGCAUUUGCUGCUCAAAAGGUGGUUGAAGUUGGUGCUUUGGCCAAAGCUCUUGUUGGUCAGAAGGAUGAGGCAUUCUUUGCUGCUAAUGCUGCUGCUCAGGCCUCAAGGAAGUGCUCACCAAGAGUCACCAAUGAAUCCGUCCAGAAGGCUGCGGCAGCUUUGAGGGGUUCUGACCACCGUCGUGCCACCAACGUGAGUGCCAGAUUGGAUGCCCAACAAAAGAAGCUUAACCUCCCAAUUCUCCCCACCACCACCAUUGGUUCUUUCCCUCAAACCAUUGAGCUCAGAAGAGUUCGCCGUGAGUACAAGGCUAAAAAGAUCUCUGAGGAAGAAUACAUUAAAGCCAUCAAAGAGGAAAUCUUCAAAGUUGUCCAACUUCAAGAAGAACUUGACAUUGAUGUGCUCGUUCAUGGAGAACCUGAGAGGAACGAUAUGGUUGAGUACUUUGGUGAGCAAUUGUCUGGUUUUGCCUUCACUGCUAACGGAUGGGUGCAAUCCUACGGAUCCCGAUGUGUCAAACCACCAAUUAUCUAUGGUGAUGUCAGCCGCCCCAAGGCCAUGACUGUCUUCUGGUCCUCCAUGGCUCAGGAAAUGACCAAACGACCCAUGAAGGGUAUGCUCACAGGUCCAGUCACCAUUCUCAACUGGUCCUUUGUCCGUAACGACCAGCCCAGAUUUGAAACUUGCUACCAGAUUGCUUUGGCAAUUAAGGAUGAAGUUGAGGAUCUUGAGAAGGCCGGAAUCACAGUCAUCCAGAUCGAUGAAGCUGCUUUAAGAGAAGGAUUGCCCCUUAGGAAAGCCGAACACGCUUUCUACUUAGACUGGGCAGUCCACUCGUUCAGAAUCACCAACGUCGGGGUCCAAGACACCACCCAGAUCCACACACACAUGUGCUACUCAAACUUCAAUGACAUCAUCCACUCCAUCAUCAACAUGGAUGCUGAUGUCAUCACCAUUGAGAACUCCAGAUCUGAUGAGAAGUUGCUCUCCGUGUUCCGUGAGGGAGUCAAGUACGGUGCUGGAAUCGGUCCCGGUGUCUAUGACAUCCACUCCCCAAGAAUUCCAUCCACCGAGGAAAUUCACGACAGAAUCAACAAAAUGCUUGCGGUUUUGGAAACCAAUAUCUUGUGGGUGAAUCCCGACUGCGGGCUCAAGACCCGUAAGUAUGCCGAGGUUAAGCCCGCACUCGAGAACAUGGUUGCAGCCGCAAAGAAGCUUCGUGCCGCUCUUGCCAAGUGAGGAGAUUUAGACCUGAAGGCGGACACACGACGAUAUUGAUGUGAAUUAUAUUUUAUGUUACAGUGAUGGAAUAACUGUGGUUGGUGAUGGCAUGUUUUAGGUUUUGAAUUCUGUUUAUCAUGUUUUUUGGUUGUGUACCUUUUCUGGAGGGCUUUUGCAUACCCCCAAUGAAUCGAGUUCUAAAGAUGAUAUUUUGUUGGUUUGCAAA